AUGGAAUCCCUCUCAGACACAAAGUGGGAUGUAGUGAUCAGCGGCACUGGGCUACCACAGUCCCUUCUCGCCCUAGCUCUGUCACGGUCGGGAAAAAACAUACUCCACGUCGAUCCCAACGACUACUAUGGCGGCCCCGAGGCUGCCUUGAGUCUGCAGGAGGCCGACGAAUGGGCCGAGAGAUUCGCAUCGGGGAACGCAGAUGGCGUGUUUGCCGGCGCGCAAGUGAGCAAGGCGGCCGACGGGCUGUCCUUCCCUCGCGCCUACAGCCUUGCGCUUGCGCCUCAACUCAUCCAUGCGCGGUCCGAACUCCUCUCCCAGCUCGUCUCCUCCAAAGCCUUUCGCCAGAUUGAGUUUCUGGCCGUCGGGUCGUUCUUCAUCUACCGACCAGCUUCCGAUCCCGCAGCGUCCGCGACUCUGAGUCGAAUACCGUCCACGCGAGAGGAUGUGUUCGCCAACAAGACGAUCCCGGCACGGUCGAAGCGUGCCCUGAUGAAGUUCCUCAAGUUCGUUCUCGACUUUGAGUCGGAGUCGCAUGCGGAGAUUUGGAAGCCAAAGGCGAACGAUGGCUUGGCGGGGUUCCUCGAGUCCGAGUUCAAACUCGACCGCGACCUCCAGUCCUACGUCAUCACCCUCACGCUCAGCCUGGAUGGGAGGGUAUCAGUCGCCGAUGGAUUGACCGCGAUCAACCGGCACCUGACCUCGAUGGGAGUGUUUGGCACUGGCUUCGCUGCUGUCUACCCAAAGUGGGGAGGGCUCUCCGAGAUUGCCCAAGUGGGCUGCCGCGCCGCCGCGGUCGGUGGUGCCGUAUACAUGCUCGGCACUGGCAUAUCUGCGGUGCAGGCCAUGCCGGCCACGCAAAGUGCGGAUCACGAGGAGCUCGAGGUCACACUCACCAACGACGUGGUCGUCAAGUCAAGAACCCUCGUCAAGGACUCGACACCACCCGCAGCGGACUGCUUCAACCUUUGCCGUCUCACCGCUGUUGUUGAAUCGAGUAUGCCGGCCAUGUUCGAAGCAGUCGUCGAAGGUGCCCCAACACCAUGCGUCUCGCUCGUGGCCUUUCCUCCAGGAUCGGUCAAGAGGUCCGACGGCUCAGCGUCGGAUCACCCUGUGUACGCCUCUGUACACUCAAGUGACACCGGGGAGUGCCCUAGUGGACAAAGUAUCGUGUAUCUCAGUACCAUAUCAGAUUCUUCAUCAAAGGAGUUGCUCGAAUCUGCGCUCUCAUCGUUCCUCGAGACUCUCUCCCCUGGUCAAGAUCAGUCCAAGUGCCUAUACCGUCUCAGCUACGAGCAGCGAGGCGGCACAGGCGCCUGCAGCGUAGACAAGACGACGGGCUCCUUCAGCCCGCCUCCGCCCCACCUCGCGUUCGAUGACUCUCUGCUCGUGUCUGUCAGACAGGCUUGGGAUCUGGUCAUCGGAGACAGCGCUGCUGAUACAGAGUACAUGCAGUUCGAGGACCGCGAGGGUGCUGUUGACGAGGACGAUGCAUUCGCUGCAUGA